AUGAAAACCCAAGGUCCGUACCCAGCCCAGCAGCCGCCCCACGCUGUUCACAGACAGGGGAGCAGCUUGAAUGAGACACUGGAGCAAACACAAGGCUCAGCUCAUGCACCUGAGGGGCCCAUGCCGGGGGCCCCAUGCUGGGCAAGGAGUCGGUGCUGUGGGCUGGAGAACACUCACUCGUUGGCUGAUGUGUCGGACACAGCGAGGUCCAAGUGGCCGUCACAGCUGCCGCUCCCACCGGCGUUCCCCAACGGCGUUGGCAGUGAAGGGGCACCCGUGCCAGCCCCCAGGGUGCGAUCAGCCAAGACGCAGUCUGCAGCCGCACACGUCUCCGCUCCUUGGGUGGGAGUGGCUAGUGCCCGGCAGGUGCCUGCGCCUGUCCCGGCUCCAGGGAGGAGGGCAGCAACUACCGUGUCCGCGAACUGCUCAGCCGGGAGUGGUGGAGGAGGUGUGCGAGGGUCCACGCCUGCCGUAGGUGGAGGAGCUGCGCAAGGGUCAGCACCUACCGGCGGUGGUGGAGAAGGCACGCGUGGGUCCACGCCUCCGGUGGUGAAGGAGGCGCGCGAGGCACCUCGCCAGCCGCGAGCCGUGGAGGAGCCGCACGAGGGGCUGCUUCAGCCCCGAACAGUGGAGGAGUUGCACGAGGACAUGGAGGUUCCCGUGCCAGCGGAGCCUGAAUGUAAGCCCGAGGUCGGCAUGAGGGCCAGACCAGCCUCACCUCCACCUGAGGCCGGAGCACCUCAUGGCCCCGCGUGCCGGAUGCACACCUGGCUGCCCGUGAGCCACGCCGCCCCGAUGCCACGCCGCUACUGCUUACUGAUGGACCAGCUUUGCUGUCACCGUUGGAGAAGUGGCUGCUGCAGCCGUUUGUAUGUACAUUCAGCAACCGUGUGCAAGUAA